AUGGGCCGCUUUUUAUCCUGUGCAAAAGUAUCGUAGUCGUACUAAUUGCAAAUAUGCAUGACAAAUCUCCUUUCUAAGGUAAAACAGCAUUACAGAUUACACCUUUCUUCUUGCCAAAAUUUGUGAUGCAAUUUAUACUAGUACGAUACUUUUGCAAUGCAUACUUUUCAUCCGGGGACGAUUCGGACAUGGAGGUGGAGACUAUCACAGGAAAAAGUGUUAACGUUAACGGAUUUUGUGAUGCAGUAAUGCAUCACAAAACGUUCCCAAAUUUGUCAUGCAUAGCAUGCAUACUAGGCAAAAUCUGUCAUGCAUAUCUAAAACUGUUAGGCAAGAUAUGAAAUCCACCAGGAUCAUAAGCCAAGCAAAUUCCCUACGACCUAAAUUGAAUGCUCAUUGAAAUCAGGCUCUAAAUUUGUCGUUCAAAUUUGGAUCCAAUGCGAAAUCAGCAUGUUCAUACAAAUGAACAAAAAUGAAGCUCAGUCUAAUCCCACGCUGUAAGCUAGUGACGACCAACGAUGGUUGAUCGGAUUUCUCAUAAAUUUAGGGUGAUUAGAACAAAUUUGAACUUUCAUGCUUUACCCCCUUGACUGAGACGUCAGAGUUUGUGUGUUGUUUGGAGCCCUAAACUUUUCCCCACAGGCUGUNCUGUUAGGCAAGAUAUGAAAUCCACCAGGAUCAUAAGCCAAGCAAAUUCCCUACGACCUAAAUUGAAUGCUCAUUGAAAUCAGGCUCUAAAUUUGUCGUUCAAAUUUGGAUCCAAUGCGAAAUCAGCAUGUUCAUACAAAUGAACAAAAAUGAAGCUCAGUCUAAUCCCACGCUGUAAGCUAGUGACGACCAACGAUGGUUGAUCGGAUUUCUCAUAAAUUUAGGGUGAUUAGAACAAAUUUGAACUUUCAUGCUUUACCCCCUUGACUGAGACGUCAGAGUUUGUGUGUUGUUUGGAGCCCUAAACUUUUCCCCACAGGCUGAGACGAUAGUCACCAUAGAUUGAUUGCGACUAAGAAACACUGAAUCCCACCUAGAUUCUGCUUGACAUGCAAGAUGGCCAGUGUUCACACCGCCCGCGUUUCUUCGUCGUUGAUUGUCUUCACACCGUGAAAAUCCGGUUGACAUUCUAUCGGCACAGCCUUGAGCGCUGACGCAAGACACGACCAGUGCCAACACGACAACAACUACCAAGCCUGGUCCCCCCGCAACGAACACGACAACACCUACCAAGCCAGGACCAGAACCAAACCACCAACCACACCAAGACCCGCAGGAAGGUACUAAAAGCGCGAAGAAAAAUAGAGAAAAUUUUGAAUUUUUGGUAGUGUUUUUGAAUAGAAUUUUUGUUUGAAUUUGAACUAAAAAAUUAGGCAAAAUAACCCCCAGCCACCGAGUUCAAAUCAACCAACAGUGGUGAUUUGCUGCCGUGAUAUCAAUUGCUGAAACACGGUCAGAGGCUGUUUGAAAGUAAGAGAGAAUUUGUAAUCAUACACCUACACAGGUGCAAGAGAGACAAAGCGACCAAAGGUGCGCGCUACGAAGCCCGUAACCUUUGCCGAAGCAUCGAGCGAGGAGCAAAAAGGUACUAAAAAUUGUACUUACAUUCGGUCUGUUUUCUAAAAUCAUUGGAAAUUUUAAAUGCGAACACGCACGGCAAGAGCACAAAAAUCGCAUGUUAAUCCUCCCCAACAAAAACUAUUACAGUUUUGGGCGGCGGAUUUAACGUACCGAGCAGCAGGCCGGUACAAGAGCAAGGACCCGACAGCAGGUCACGAAGAAGGUACUGAAUUACAUCGGUUUUUGAAAAUAGAAGUCUAAGCGUAGUUCUGAUUUUGUCUGUAAUUGCAUCGUGAAUUCAACAAGAUGAUCGCAUGUGAGAUGCUGAAUACCAUCUGAAUUCGAUUGCAAAUUUCUUGUACAGGUAGCCGCCUACGCGUGUACCGAGUACAACAGACGACACAACCGCGACGCGCGUGCUCAUCGUGAAAAGAUGGGGGCGCCGGGUGAUGACCAUCGUCCGAGCACUUCCGGCACCGUCGGAAUGCUGUACGACGCGGAACACGAGGGAGAAACUGGAAAGGACUUCCAGACGUUCACGGGUAGCGUGAUCGCUCAGGCGUUCUCGUUGAACAUCGGUCCCCAGUUCAAAGAAGACUUAGAAGGAGAAGUCUGCGUGGACAAGUGGGAUGAGGUCGAUCAGUUAGCCUGCGAUCAGUGGGUUGCUGACGGCAAACACGAACAGGACUUCUGGCCCACCUACACAACCGAAGUACGCGCUGCUUACGCGAAGUUGUGUGGUGCAGUAUUCAAAUCCUUAACCGGAAAGGCCCGAGCCAAAGCUCAGGACAUUCAGGAAGAGCCCGGGGCUGGCGCGUGUGUAGUCUGGUUGAUGCUUCAGAUCAAGGAAAAGGCUAACCCGCAGACCGCCGGUGCCCGCCGCAUGUUGAUCAAGGAAUAUUUCAACAGCAAGCAGGGUGAAGAUGAAACCGUGGAAGAACAUAUUGACAAACUGAAGAACUUCUGGAAUUUCAAACUGGGCGCUAAAGUUACGGCCGAAGAGUUACGCUAUCACUGUAUCUUCGGGAACAUGCGCGAGGAAUUCGAUGAGUGCAACAAGCGUGCCUUGGCUAAUGGAUUCAGUUUCGAAGAAACCAAGAAUCAUAUGGUCGAGGAAGAACGCGCUCUGUCUAGCAACGGAGAGACCACGAAGCACAAAGCUAAUCUGGUCCGCAACAAGAAUUCUCGCAACCAGCAUGGCCCGCGCCCGGAUCACGUUCAGAAGAACCGUGAGAAGCAGAUGUUCUCCAAUAUGUUGAAGAAAGAGAUGCCGAGUCUGAUCCAGCAAGCCGCUGCGAAUCUGAUCGCGCAAAAUCCGAACUUGACCCAGAAUCACACUGCUGGUAGCAAUGACGACAGUCAUGCGGCCAAUUACGCAGGAGAUUCCAAGUGGUGUUCGAAUUGCAAUUCGGAAUCCCACAACACCAAGGAUUGCUGGUACAAAAACGGCAAUAAGGUCAAUAACAAGUCUUCCAAUAAGAAUUCCGGUAAGGGUAACAACACGAAUACUGUUCGCAAGGGCAACGACAAGCCGAAGGGUGGAGGUAAGAAAGGAAAAGGAAAGAAGGGUAGGAAAUACUGAGUCUUAGAUGGUGUUUCGAAGAAAAGUAGCUUGUUACACAAACUACAAAAAGUAAGAAAACUAUUCUUACGGCUGACGAAAACUCGAUGUUAUAAUACAAAUUAUUCGCGAUGUUUUUCAACUAAAUUUUUAACAAAAAUACCCCCCCAAAAGAACCCCCCACAAAAAGAACAACCACCUGGUGAUGAACCACCAGUGACUACAAGUCAUUUUGAAGAAGAUGAAUGUGUGUUCGACAGCAAGCUUGACAUCUUCAAUCCAGAUUCUUCAUCAUUAAUCGAUAUGGAUGAUUUAUUCUCGAAUCUCGAUAAGAAUGAAGAUGAAAUUUGUACCAAUGAUGCAGCUGGUCCAACGAGACAGCUGAAAGGAAAACGAAAAAGAGCAGAGCUGGAGCUUGCUGAGCAAUUUGCAACCCCAGAGAUGGCAAAUAUGACACAACAAGUCCAGGCUCUUGAGUCGACCGAUCGCGAAAUCCGUAAGAUUUUAUUUCCUCGAUCUCAUGUUUCGGAUGCGUCCAAAGCCGAACGAGUUGAGAAAUGCAAUCUGUCACAAGAUGCAGUAUUUUCAAUCGUAGCAAAAGAAAGCGAGCAAAAUCAUUCGCCCGAGUACACAGCAAGAAAGCUAGCACACCUCUACAGCGUUCGCGAAUCAGCAUUGAGGAAGGUGCGCGAGGCGAACGAUGCUCAUCGGAAUAAAAAGGACGAGCAGCACCGAAAUCAUGAAACAGCUUUUAAUUGUGUCGAUGAUGCAAUUUGCGACAGUGGCGCAACAAGUCACAUGUCGGGCCGACCAGAGAUUUUCGAAUCUUGGGACGACAGUAAUCCAGUGCGAAUAACUGUAGCAGACGGAAAAGAGUUGGAUGGCCCUGGAUAUUUUGGCACAUUGAAACCAAACGCACUUGGUUGCAAGCGUGCAAUAUUCCAUCCAUUCCUUCCACAGACCCUCCUCAGUGUCGAGCAACUGAAGAAAGAAGGCUAUAGAGUUGUUUUCGACGAAGGGGGCAACUACUUGCAAAGUAGGAAGACAGGAAAGAGAAUUUUUCUUCACAAAGGGAUCGGAACCAAGCUGCCGGCCGUGGCACUUGGGUUCAACGAAGAUCCAGGUGAAAAGGGUUUGUUGUGCGAAGAGAUCGAGACAGAGUCCACUAUGAUGACAAAGGCUGAGAAAAUGCUUCUUGAUCAUCAGCGUGCUGGACAUCGUAGUCUACCAGGAAUAGUAGUCCGAUGUCCUGCCUGCGAUCUCGCGAAAAGCAAAGGCGCGCAACAUGCAAAAGCGAAGAAAGAAUGCUACAAAGUUGAAAAAUUCAAUGACCAAGUUGAUUUUGACUUUACUGGACCGUGGGAACCUGACUACUGGUCGCAAAGAUGGGUGCUAAAUGCCAUCGAUCAAGCAACCAGCUGGCCUCGUUCUUUCAUCUGCAAAAGCAAAGCAGAAGCAGGCGCAAAGCUGCAGGUCUGGAUAAAUGAAGAGGGACCACCGAAAAGAGUGAGAUCCGACAAUGCCAAAGAGUUCAAGGAACCAGGUAGCACUUGGAAAAAGACAGCACAGAAACAGUCCCCGCCGAUUCAUACUGACUACUCAGCUCCAUACGAACCACAAGAAAAUGGAAAAGUUGAAAGAUACAAUCAAACUCACCAGAACGGAGUGAGGGCAAUGAUGGUCGGAGUCGAUAAGCGUAUGUGGAGUUAUGCAGCACGCACUUUCUCCCACAUAUUCGCCCGAACCCCUACAGCCAAAGGAGGCGAGUCGCCAUUUGAAAAACGCUUCAAAAGAAAACCUUCCAUCAAGUAUUUCCGACGUUUCGGAUGCUUGGUAUACGCGAAGGAUCACUCACAGAAGUCGAAGCUUGAAGACCGGUUUACCCGUGGAAUCUUUCUAGGCUACGCCCAAGAAAAUUCUACAUACCUGGUAGGCAUGUGGUCCGCAGAUGGUCGAUGUAAGAAAAGCUCCAAAAUCCGCUUCGGAGUCCACGAGGUGAAGUGUUGUAAGUUUGAUGAAUCAGUGCUGGUCAGCAAGAUAGAUGAUCUGAAGCCGGACGCUGACAAGUUGUUAAUUGAUUUUCCGAAUCCGGCGCGUCUGGGUGAUAGUUCGCAGCUCGUAGAGCCGAAUGUGCCCGCUGUAGAUCAUGAUCAAAGCAGUCGUGGUCAGGACGCUCCGAGGACCGAUCGUUCGAAAGAUGAAGAAGAUGCGGACAAACGCAGUUCGAAGGAAAAAGAAACCGUCGAAAACGACGAGGGCAAGAGUUUCGAAGGGGGUGAGCAACCUGAGGAAGGGGGCGAGGAAAAUCAAAACCCUAAUCAGGAUUGGCUCGAUUUGUUUUCAGAGGAGGCGCCUGAAAAAUCCCCGAAGCAGAAAAAGAAAGCUGAGAAUGGAAAUCGAAAAAGAAAGUCUAAUACAGUUGAUGCUGAUGAAAAAGAGAACGAGACACAAGAAGCGCCUAGGAUCCUCGUUGAAGGACCUACACGAAAGAAACAUCGCAAGAAGGGCCGAGGGCAUGACAAGAAAAAGCGCAAAGAACGCAACGACAAAGGCCAAAGUCGUGGCCCUCGAGCAAAGAAAAGGCAGAAAGUCAAUCUUGUGUCGUCAUCUGACCUUUUGAAAGAUCUACCGAUGGAAUUUGAAAAAGAAGCAGAAGCUAUAUUCCAGAUUCGUCAUGAAUUAGAGGAGGACGAAACUCCUUACCUCUUUGGCUUGCAGCACACUUGGGCCAAGUGUCUGGAAAGUCCUGACGCAAUCAAAUGGAUCGAGUCAGAUACGAAAGAACGCCUAGCGCUAGAAGAAGCAAAAACGUGGAGGCAUGCAACCGCAGAAGACAUCAAAGAGAUGGGUGAUAAGUUAGAGAAUAUCCCGACGGUAUGCAUCUACACGAAGAAGAGAGACGGACGCUACAAGUGUCGUCUCGUAGCACUAGGAAACAGGCAAAAGAUAUCUCUUCAAGGAGAAAUAUACAGCCCAACUGUGAGCCAUGCCGCUAACAGGUAUCUACUUGAUGAAGCAGCAGCACGCGGAUGGAAAGUUAGACAGUUCGAUAAUUCAAAUGCGUUUGAGCGUGCAGCUCUAGGUGACGAGAUCGAGUUAUGUCGCCUGCCCAAGCACAACAGCUGGAGCAAGAACAAAGAAAAAGGCGACGUUGUCAGGCUGUUAAAGUCGUUAUACGGUCUGAAGAUCAGCCCACGCCGCUGGUAUGACGAAUAUUCCGGCAGACUCAAGAAGUUAGGCUGGGUUGUAUCCGAACACGAACCAGGUUUGUUCAAGAAGUUUGCAAAAGACAAACAGGGAAAAGAGCAAGAGCUCUGGCUAGCAGUUUACGUAGAUGACAACAUUAUCUCAGGCGAAGAUGAUGACCUUGUCGCUGCAGAAAUGAAUGCAAUUUUAGCAGAGUUCCCAGGAAGAGAAAUUCUCGCAGAAUAUGACAAGGAAGGCAAUGAGAUCCGCGACCUUCUCGGCGCAAAGUUGACCUUCAACGCGAAAAAGAGAGUCAUGGAAAUCACUUGCGAAGACGCAACUGAUAAGCUGCUUGAGAAAUUUCACAUGAAGGACUGCCGCGCAGUAGUUUCCCCAUGUUUACCAAAUUCCCACGCAGACUUGGACUCGCCGUCGAAUUCCACAUUUCCGAUAAGAUCGCUAGUAGGCGGAAUGUUGUAUAUCAGUUGCGUUGCCCGGCCUGAUAUCGCAUUCGCAGUACAAAGAGUAGCGACGCAGGUAGCUAGUCCAACCGACCAAACGGUAAAAGAUGCUAAGCGUAUUCUGGCGUAUUUGAAAGGAACCAAAUCGCAAGGAUUGGAAUACAGCAAGCAGCAAGAGAAAAAGUUCAAAGAAAUCUACACAAAAGCCGCAGAGCUAGAAAACAAGGAAUACAGAGACACUAUUGCUUUCUGCGAUGCAGAUUUUGCAGGAUGUUCUGUAAGUUUUCGAUCCACGUCAGGAACAAUCCUAUAUCGACGCGGAGUUCCCAUCUGUUGGAAGUCGAAACGUCAAUCGAUUCGAGCUACGUCAACAAUGGAAGCCGAGUAUUGCGCGAUGUAUGACUGUGUAAGGAUGACUAUGGACCAAGGAUAUUUGAACUGGUUUUCAGAACAAGAGUCAGGAUCUCUACCGUUGAUCUUCAACGACAACAAGUCCGCGCUUGCGUUGAGUCAGACAACCGUAGCCACGAAAAGAUCCAAGCACAUGAGUCUUCGACUACACCUAGUACGAGACUACGUAAAAGACUUGUGCUAUGUAAACACGGAUAUCAAUCUAGCGGAUGGAUUGACAAAACCACUUCCAGGAGAGAAGUAUAUCCAAAUCUUCAAAGCUCCCGCACGAAAAGCUAAUGAAGUAUUUGCGAAAGCCCACUUUGUUGACUUCAAUAAUCUCUAGGAUUGAUUGAUGCGAAUUUCACACAAAGUCAUCUCAUCUGAUUCAUUUCGAUGAUUUAAUGUUCAUUCGGAAGGGGGAAUGUUAGGCAAGAUAUGAAAUCCACCAGGAUCAUAAGCCAAGCAAAUUCCCUACGACCUAAAUUGAAUGCUCA